UCAGCAACAUGGUCGGAAAACUUGGUCUUCUCCUAAUUUUUCUGCAAAUUUGCCACUUUGCAAUGUCAAAUAAGACGACUCCUGAAAUAAUUACCCAAGCAUCUUCGAUUGAUGAAUUGGAAAGCAAUUUCCCACUCCAAAUUGGCAAGAAAUUUUACCGAAUCGAAGAUCAGCGUGUAAACUGGUACAAAGCGGCGCACAUUUGCCGACAGUUGGGAGGAAACUUACUCAAUAUUGAAAGUAGCGACGAAAUGGAUGAUCUCCUUUCAAUUAUACCCAUUGAUCGUUAUUGGAUAUCCGCAUACUGUCUGGCAAAGGACCGCGAGUUCAUUUCUAUCGCCACAGGAGAGAUCAUGCCAUAUUUUAGAUGGGACUAUGGAGAGCCCAAUAAUCGUAAUGGUGUUGAGUUUUGUGGUGAAUUUGAUCGAACAGCGUUAAAUGACAAUUCGUGCAUUAUAUUGCGCAAAUUUAUAUGCGAAGCUAAAAUAAUGUAUUAAUAAAGCAAAUUAAUAUAAACAAAA